AUGAACACUCCCCGCGUCAGCACCCGUCUCACAGCCCUAAACUACAAAGCCGAGCUCUCCAGCCCCGAUCCCACCGGCCCAGUCUCAUAUGCCCGGCUGACCCUCUCCGGCCCCUGCGUCGAAGCAAAAAUCGUCCUCGGCCCUCCCGUAGAAGAGAACCCCAGCAGCUCCCUCAAAGCAUACAUCUCCCUCUGCAACAAACAAUAUCUCAUAACGCCCGACAUCCCCCACUGGCACAACGCCCCUCUAAUCUACAUCACCAAAAAGGGGUUCAAGGACAACGUAAACGUCAACCCUGACUCUCCAUGGGACGACCCAGAGCACCCGGAUCAAUAUUACAAUUACCGAUUCCCAUGGCUGGUUCUCAAAUGGUCACCCCCUCAUGAUGCGUACCGCCGUGUGGGGAUCGUCAACUUUGCAAAUCGACCUUCGUUUGACCAGGAGGAGCAGGCGCCUGGGGAGAUGAUGAGGCAUGCGGCGAUGAGGGUCGUGGAUAUUGUUUAA